AUGGAUCGAGAUAGACAGUCAAAAUUGAACCAUGCUGCCGAAAAAAAGUACGCAAAAAGCUCAAACGUCAAUGAUGGAGUGCUCGACAAUCUGUCGAACAUCAUAUCAACUCUAGUCGAUGAAGGAGAUUGUAAAGAUUUCCGGCCUCUGAUAGUCUUUUCCCAGAAGGGAUUUCUGUCGCAAGUUGUACAGGUUUGGUCCUAUUACGCUCAGGUUAAUAAUCAUCCCAAAUUCUCCAAAGCGACAACUUUGUUAGAGACAGUUUUGAGACAACUAAACAGUGAUCCAAAUAUCCAGGAGUAUGGAAGCUCACUGAUUCUUCUCAUCCUCACAGGCAAUAUUAAAGUUUUGUACCGUGGGGUGAACACUAUGCGUCCGUCGAUUGCUAAUCCGAUCCUCCGCCUGAUGAGACAGAUGAUCUCUUUCAAUAACGGACAGCAUGUCGAAGCAUUUGUGGCUAAUUUUGAUCUGAGCUUGCCGGGUUUGGUCAGAAUUCUUGCAGCGAGUAAAACGGACGCUGCUAUUGUAAGGGAGGAUUCGAGCAGAUCCCCAAAAUCUACAAUUAGAGACACAUUUCUGAAUUUCUGGCUCGAACUGAUCAGUCAAUCUUCACCACUUCUCAGAAAGCAAGUCAUAUCAACGAAUUCUAAGAUAAUGGGCGCUUGGUUUAAAGUGAUGGACAAAAUAGAUACAUCGGAAAUGAUAGGCCAUACUCUCGACGUCUUCACAAAUUUAAUUCUGAGAGAGUCUUCCUAUAAGCGCACGACAAAAUGCCAGAUUCUGAAUGAAUUGGCUGUAUCGAAGAUUCAUACAUUUUACUAUUCCGCGGACCGCAAUCUAGUCCAGAAAGUCAAUGACUUUUUCCUGGCCUACGGCAGUAAUCCAGAGUCCAGUGUGACAUUUCCUGAUGAUGCAGUUUGGUUUAAGAACUCCCCGAUCAGUGGUACUCAUAGGGGAGCAGAGAUAUCCAUACAUCAAAGAGAUUUCAAAAUAUACAACAAACUAUUAUUCAACGUGCUUAAAAUUUUCAAACCUUGGGAGGACGAUACACAACUGAAUACCGUUAUCAAGAUUCUCGACAAUGUGCCAGAGUUGGUUGCCCCAUAUGCCGCCUUCUUGGCUUCUCUUGGUGCGCACGAUCCAAAAAUGACGUCGUAUUGGUUUGGAUGUACAGCACUUUUGGGAAGAAUAAUGCGUCUGAGGAUACCUUCACUAGUGGAAAAGGUUGAAACCGAUAUGCCUCCACAUACCCCGUUAGUCCUGGAGAGCAUUAUGCCUUCAUCUCUAUCUAAAUCUGCGCUAACCAAAUCGUUACAGCAUGAAAGGCUCAUCAUUAGGCAACUCGCAUGUCAGUUGUUGAUUUUUGCAUUUCAGAAGCUCCAAUCGGUCCUCGAUCUUUAUGACAGGAAAGGAUGGACCUCUGCUAAGGCUUCAGUGAGGAAUGCUUUUUAUCUCAGCCUGCCCGAUCUAUCCAUACUAUCAUCAGCCAUGAACCAAUCGUACGAAUCACAUAAGAAGAAUAAAAUACUUCAGCUCUCGAUUUCAACCAUCCUAAGGCAUUAUAGUACAAUUUUUCCAAACUUUUUCACCGUGAGGCUACCUUCAGCCAACAUUUUCUUUGACAUAAUGCAAAGCAACAACAUUUCUGGCAUGGAUCUUGCUAUACUUGAAAAUUUUCUCACUUUUCAAGAACUGAACGGACUGCAGACGAAAUGGUGGACUAGAUCCAACCGAGAGCUCUCGCUUUUCACAUCUUUAUUGAAGGUGGCGAGAGGUUCAUCAAACUCUUUAGCUGAAAGAUUAUGUCAACUGUUGGAUGACAUGUUUCGUGGAACAGUCGCUUUCAACUCUAAGCUCUUAUGUUCUCCCCACAGAGCCCUGAUUCACAGCAUACAAUCAAUUCCAAGCAUAUCAGAAACCGAAAUAUUAAAAAUCUGGCGUAUCAUCGAUGAGUCAAUCCAACAUGUCAUGAGAGUACCCUACAAAUAUGUUGAUAUGUCAGCAAACUAUGACUGCCUUUCGCCAUUUAUCUUAGCGCUUUUGGAACAGUGCAAGUACGCCAAUACUGACAAGAAUUUUGAUAUCAGCCAGAAGUGGGUUAGUUUCUAUCUAAGGACAAUGAUAAUAUGCGGGGAAUCAGAAGAAGGAAUAGUGAAUGCUGCCAACUGCUAUCUAUCUGAUGCAUGCCAGGAAUAUAUCAAGAGAUAUCUGGGAGACUCUUCUGCGAUAGAAGAAUCUGCGGAAGAAGAGCAGUUCCGGGAUAGUAUCAUACAAAACUCCUUUUGUGACCUUGUCAUUCUUGAGAAAUAUCCACAUUUAAAGAAAAUAACCAGGUAUCCUGUAUCAAAGUUGGAUGCCGCUGGCCUUCUUUUUCGAAUAAGAAAAUUAGCAAAAGAUUUGGCGGUAGAGUACGACGGUUACUUCAAGUCUACUUCAAGAGCUUUGAUAAGCAUGCUUGCAGACUAUGCAGAUGCUGAUAGAUCAUUCACGUUUUUGAGCUCAAGCGUUCUGAUGUCAUUUUUGCGGCUUAUAACUGAGCCAUCGAGCUCUGAAGCCAUGAAAUUGAAGAACAGAUAUGUCAUUCGUUUGAUGCUCCAGGCCUGUCAAGAGGUUCGAUCAAAUUACUCGGAACUGAAAUCUACAAUUUAUGACUGGCUGCAAAGCAAGGAUGAGAUGCUUCAAGAAACAUAUUCAAAUGAAGAAAAUGUGCUAUUUAUGUCGGCGGCUCUAUCUUUUCUAGGAUCUGAUGACUGUGCCAAGAUUCUUCUACACAAAAAGCAACUGAGUUUCAUUUCGACCCAACUUCUAGCGAAAGUGAUACUUGAGAGCAAUAACUCUUGUAUUCCUUUCUCGAUAAUCAUGCUACUUGUAAAGGAAGCAUCACCAGAGUCUCAUCGGAUUGCCUCACAGUUCAUUGCUCAGAAACGUGUCAAGGACUUAAGAGCUGGAGAGUUACUUCAAGAAAUUUUGAGCGAUGAUCUAUACUCAGGUGUCACGCAAGCAUUUAUCAGUUCUGAUUACUUUUCAGCGGAUCAAAUAUCAGCAUGCUUACAAAGUGUCAGAGGUGAGCAAAAUACGCUAUUGGUUGCGCUUGCCCUGCAUCAGUUCAGGCAAGAAGAGAUUCGGGAAUAUGUCACGAAGGUUUUGAGAUCAAGCCGUUCCUUAAUCGGUAGUGAUAAUUCUUCAGUUUCUCAACUUGCUUUGGAAUUAGUCUAUCAGUGUCCAGAUUCAUUCUCAGCAAAUGAGAAGAAGCAGCUGGUCGAGUAUGUGACCAACGAAUACAAAGACAAGUAUUGUGCAGCUGUCGUGAAGUGCGUUGUUACCAUGAGUGACUUCGAAGAAAAGGAUGUCGUUAAGUGGCUCAAUAAGCUGGUGCUUUACAUCACCAAAUGCUUCUCAACUGCCGCAAUGGUUGAUUCACAGCUGCUCGGUACCCUAGACGAGUUGAAGAAAUUGAAAGAUACUGUCUGGCAGAGUGUUAACAAAAAUAUACUGAAUUCACAUCAGGAGGUUAUCUUAUCUGGAAGUCUCGUCAAUCAAGAAAAGGUAUUGGAGUACGCCCUGCGUGUUCUCUUAGCCGUCGGCCCUGGGUCCACAUGGAAUGAAAGGUUGAUGCAAUGUUUAGUUAACAAUGAAUCAAAAAAACUAACCAAUAAUGAAAAUGAGAAUUACGUCCCAUUUUUAACAGCCUCCAUCCUAUACAUUCUUUAUCUCGGAGAUCGGGAGCGCAACAGUAACGCUGCCAUUCAGGAGGCUCUUUUGAGCUGUUACGAGGGUACAAUAUCAGCGAAAGACAGGUUGAUAUUGAAAACCUUGGAGCUCAUCGAGGCGCAAACUUCACAUUCAUGGACAAACCUCAUUUAUGAUUGGGAACUGAUCGAUGACACCGAGGAAGACGUAAAUCAAGGUUACGUUGAGCUGAUAGCCAAACGAAAAGAAGGUCUGAUAAUCACUUUGAAGAGACAAACUAUCGCAAAGUCGGCUACAAACUAUAAAUUUGAUAGACCAAGGGUACCGUCUCUUGAAGGGUCAAAAAGCAACCUCUCCUGGAAGGUCAUGGUUUCCUUUUAUCAAUCAGUUGAGAAAGACAAGCCUACGUCUUCCUUUUAUGACCUAUAUGAUCCUUUAUUCCUGCUUCUUCUCAGUGGUCAAAAUGAGGAACUUGUUAAAAGCUCAAAAUCUGAGAGUGGUGGUUUGGAAUAUAAAUUUGAUGUUAAAGCGUUCUUGACUUCCAACAUCUUCCAAGUUGUAAUAUGUUCACUAGGUGACGAAACUGAAGUUCAAUCGAUUGCACUAACUUUAAUAGAAGGAAUGCUCUCCACUUUGCAAAAAGAUGACUAUCUCAAAGAUAUGCGCAUAUUCAAAAUCCUGCUCAGCAAAAUAGUUUACACUUUUAUGAAAUCGAAAACAGCAGGAAAUGAAUAUACGAAUUCCAUUGCUCCUUGUGUCUGGUUUGCGAUCUCUCAAUUGGCCACGGAACUCGCACAACCAACCUCUCAACUUCAUGACAAGGCAGUCCGGUGGGUUCUCAGUAGACCACUGGUUCGUCCAAUUGAUUUACCGUUAUAUCAGGAGCUAUUUCAUUCUAAAGAAAUUGGUAAUACUGAUCAAAAUAUUUACUACAAACAGCUGGGAUGGGUGCUGAACAUUUUGCAGCUGGGCCUCAAAACCGAGCAAGAUGUGGAAUUAAUGAAAAGAAUUGGUGUCCUAGAAUGGUUGUCCAACUUAUUGAGCAUGCCAUACAUCAAUGGACGAAUGCGUUCCGCCGUUAGUGCAAUCUUUUAUGCCUGUCAAAGAUUGGGGAACAGCGGCUCUUCUCUGGUCACAAGAGCAGCAUCAAUAGCAACAUUCGAAUUACAAAAAGUAUCUUUAGAACGCAAGGUAAACUCUGCAGAGCUGGAAGUCAUGAAGAAUCCAAAGAAUUCGAGGCAUUUACAGAAAUUCCUUUCAUUACAGCAACAAAAUUUAAACUGCUUAGAAAUUUUGAGCAGCCACGCAAUUUUGGCUGGUUCUAACAAGAGAUUGCGCGAGUGGACUGAGAAUGAUGCUUAUAAUAUUGAAAAGCGCGUUAAGCUUCCCAAGGGUUGA